AUGAAACCAGAAGCAUGUUUUGUCUUGUCUUUGUUAGUUUUUAUCCUUAGUUUGAGUGUGGGAGUUCAUGUGAGAGGUGGUGGUGAUUAUAGCAUAAGUGACUUUCCACUUGACUUUGUUUUUGGUGAUUAUCAAGUGGAAGGAGCUGCUAAUGAAGAUGAAAGAAAUGCUAGCAUAUGGGAUACCUUUGCACAUGUUGAUGGUAGAGGACCCGUCAAUCUAAAGGGACUGCAGUACUACAACAAUCUCAUCAAUGAACUCAUUAGCAAUGGUAUCCAACCACAUGUCACACUACACAACUAUAAUCUUCCACAAGCACUUGAAGAUGACUAUGAAGGAUGGAUUAGUCGUCAUGUCAUGAAUGUUACGUGUUUCUGUGUAGGAGUGAGACUUUCCGAUGGAAGAGAGUUCUUUGCCAAAAUCAUAAUAUCAAAUGCUACCAGAUGGGACACAUUUGGUUGGUUUCAAAUUAUAGUGUUUAUAAUUUUUGUUGUUGUUAAUGUACAAGAAGAAAUGCGGAACAGACAAAUAGAAUCGAAAAUAUAUGUCAUCAUAAAGACAUUGACUAAACCACCUGAGGCAUAUCCUGAUGCCAAAAACCAGCCACAUGUUCUUGUGGCACAAAGAUUGAAACAACAAGGUCACACCUCUGGUUGCUCUGUCAACAUACAGAACGAUUCUGGAUUGUUUAAUUUGAGUUUAAGUGCAGGUUUGAGAUCGGAGAUGAUUAGCUACGAAAUAGCUGGGAAGAAUCCGUAG